UUUUCCUUCCCUCGAUUGACUCCCCGAUUGGACAUCAUGACCCUACUGGACCCCCGCCGGACUUGAGCGUCACUUUCCUCGGGGUUAAAGGAAUGCAAUACCGUUGAUUUUGUGCGCCGCGGAUGCGUUCGCAUGCCAGGACUGGAGUGUGUACCAAACAAGCGCCUGCAAUUUUGGAGGACUUCGUGGACAAGACCACAUAUAGUAGGAGGGAGUGUCAGGGAGCACGCAGGACACUAAUGAUGUGUUUUUCAGGAGUAUAUUUUUAGUACAUUUUUCAGUUUUUACUGUUUUUCUCGUGGCUGCGCUGGGAGUCUACUUUAUAAGCCAACGGUUUUCUUCCAAUAUUUCGGAAGUUUGGUGAUUUUUUCUUUAGUUUGGCUGCCAUUCAGUAACUGGUCGACAGUCUCUAAUACCAUAAACACCUGUGUUUGCCGUUUUUCGCACCGAUCAUGUCGAUCCAUGGGAUAUGAUUUAUGGUGUUUACCUCCAGCGGCAGCAUCACUGCACAACUGUCUUCAGUUGAUUCACCACCUUCUUCUUGUUGUAAAGUCGACCCAGUUUCUCUCCCGACAUGAAUUUCGACCAGAUCCUCGCCGCCAUCGACGGGUUUGGCAAGUACCAGAAGAUUCUAUACAUUUGGAUCUGUUUGCCCCAGAUCUUGCUCGCGUUCCACAUGAUGGCGAGCGUGUUUACCGGAGCCACGCCGCCUCAUCGAUGCCGUGAAAACUCCAGCUCCAUUGCCGAGAAUGGGACCUGGAUCUCUGCUGGGCUCCGACAGAACUUCAGCCUCCAAGAAUUUCAGUGUGUGUCAGUGAAAGUCCGGCCACAGGACAACCACACUGAGGUUCUCCCAUGCAGCCACGGAUGGGUGUACAGCAAGGAGACCUUUGAGAGCACCACAGUCACAGAGUGGGACCUGGUGUGCGACCGAGCCGGCCUGAACAGUCUCAGCUCCUCCAUCUACAUGUCCGGCCUGUUGGUGGGCUCAGUGGUGCUCGGUGCGAUGGCUGACAGAUAUGGACGACGGUUUGUGCUUCUGCUGUCGCUGGCUCUUCAGACUGUGUUUGGGGUUGCUGUGGCCUUUGCUCCCAGCUUCACAGUCUACACCAUGCUUCGCUUCGUUGUGGGAAUGACGAUCUCUGGAAUCAUCAUCAACGCCUUUGUGCUAGGCACCGAAUGGACAUGCACCAAGAGACGUAUGCUUGCUGGCAUCACCACCGACUAUGCGUUUGGCCUGGGCUACAUGCUGCUGGCUGGUGUUGCGUAUCUGAUACGUGACUGGAGAAAGCUGCAGUUGGCCAUAUCAGCCCCGGGUUUCCUUUUUAUCUUCUAUAUUUGGGUGCUUCCACACUCUGCAAGGUGGUUACUCGCCAACGACAGACGGGAGGAAGCCAUCGCCCUGCUCCGCAAGGCAGCGCUUGUCAAUGGCCGGGUUCUACCUCCUUCGCUUCAGGUGGAGAAGUGUGACAAUUUUGCGGGGCAGAAGCAAAGCCACUCGGCUGUGGAUCUGAUCCGGACACCUCAGAUGAGAAAGCGAAGCAUCAUCUUGUUCUACCUGUGGUUUGUGAAUGUGCUGGUGUACUACGGACUCUCUCUUGGGGCGUCUCGGAUGGGGACCAACCUCUACCUGACCCAGUUUGUCUUCGGGUUGGUGGAGAUUCCGGCGCGAACUCUGGUGCUGCUUGUCCUGCCAUGGAGCCGACGGUUCUCGCAGAGCGGCUUCAUGGCUGUUGGAGGGUUUGCUUGUCUGCUCAUGCUCACUGUCCCUCAAGAGCAUCCCAUUGUCCUCACCAGUCUUGCAAUGGUGGGAAAGUUUGGUAUCACAGCCUCCUUCGCUGUCAUCUAUGUAUACACCGCUGAGAUCUUCCCCACUGUGCUAAGACAAACAGGCAUUGGCACGUCCAGCAUGUUUGCCAGGAUGGGAGGUGUGUUAGCUCCCAUUAUCAACAUGCUUCAUGACCAUAACCCCGCUAUACCGCUGAUCAUCUUCGGAUUGGCUCCGUUAGUUGGAGCUGUUUUGGCCACAGCUCUGCCCGAAACAGCAGGGAAACCACUCCCUGACACAGUGGAGGACGCCGAGAACUGGGACUCCAGCACGACCUUAAACAAGGAAGACCCAGAGAUGUGCCAAGAUGCGGUGCUGAAACCAGAGCUGCAGCCUCUAUCAAGCCAAAGCUGAGCAUCCAUCGAAAGAAGACACAAACGUUCCAUUAUUCCGUCUAUUCUAGAAAGCCGAUACUUCUCAAUGAAGGGUGUUGAACGUUUCUAUAAGGAGCUCUAUGCAAAGACCAAUGACCACACUUGCCUACACGCUCACGUAUGCAGACAAAACGGGCAUUCAGGUAAAUCAACAGCCCUCUCUUUCUUCCCUCCAGUUUACACCAGGAAUAUAUAGCAGCUGAUUUCAAGCAAAGCUCUUCAGGGUUCUAUUUCUACACAUGCAGUCUGUUUCACACUUAUGAGUGUGUUUGUACUUGCUCUUCAAUUUUUAUACAUUCAUACUAUGCUUCCCUCCUCAAGUUUUUGAAAUGUUUUCCUUCUUGUCUGUAGUUAGUCAAAAUUUAUCUCUGAAAAGUCCCUGCCCUGGUUUCUAAGUGGCUGUCCACAUGACCAUGGGUUUUUGUUUUUUACUGAAAAACAUGUAUUCUGAGCACUCACUCAAAGUGAGUCUUAACUUUAAGUGGUUAACUGUAUUCUUGAAGUGUGGCAUGUCAGUUUCUCUACUUACUGUUGCCAUGAGCCAACGCGUCUUAAUUCUCCCGUAAAAUCAUUCUUUCUCCAAAAAUAAACCUGAAGGGGAAACUUCAAUUUAGAAAAAGGAACUUUGCCCAUUCAUCGUUAACUAACAAUGCAUUUGAUCCAUUUUCAAUUUAGAUUUACAAAAGAACAUCGUAAACAUUUGAUAAAAUCAUGUUUCUAGUACGACUGUUAAACAACAAAGACCAUUGGUUGUUUUACUUAAUGUGUAGCAUUGCGUUCCAGCAGCAGUUCUCUCUGUUCUCAUAAACCUGAUUUCAUUCCUCAAUUUAUCAGUCACGUCACUGAGAAUGAAUUUCCAAAAGUGAUAUGCACAACUUCCACGUUAUUUCAUGUCAUAAUCUGAAAGUGGAACUGUUUCUGGUAAACCAGUUGUUUUCUACUUAUCUCUAUUUCGAAAUAGAAGUUGACCAGACACAGAUAAAGCCCGACAAGCUCACCUGACUCGGCCUAGGCCACAGGUCCACAGUACAUAUGUUUUUGUUGUUCGACACAGAGUUAUAGUUUAUUAACACUAUACUGACCUAUCAAGGCAGAUGUCCGGCAAGUCUUAGUUACUUGUCCAGAUUGACCGACUAAUUUGGGAGGGAGUAACAGGGAGAUUUUCAUGUGAGGAAAACAUUACCUUCAAAAAGUGGACAUGAGAGUCUGCUUCAUUUCGCCGUCUGUCUGUCAAUGUGUGACAUAAUUCCCAUAAAAGGUGGGGACAUGAAGAGCGUGACUGGAAUCGGUUAAUUUGUUCUUUGGGAACGCAGUGUAGAGCAUUUGAGUUAAUACAGAUGCUCUUCCUGAACUGGGAGAACCACAGAAACAGGUGUCCCAGCUUGACCUCAGAAGGCCUCGGUACACCGGAACACCCAAGAGACAAGGUCCAGACUUUGUACUGUUAAUGGUUUACAAUAUUUUGUGCUUGUAAUGAAGUAACACUGCUCAUGGAUGUGUCUAUAAACUGUGAAACGGAAUCCAUGCAAAUUCUGCUAUCACCUCCGACAUCUCUUUUAAAUUUGAUGUAGACCUUAGUUGCAUGAAUUAAUGUUCAACGAUGUCAAAUGCUGCCUUUGAAAUGCCGAUGUAGCCAGAGACUUUUGUGCGGAUAUUAUGAGAUGAUUCAUGUGAAGCAUGUGAAAUGUGACUUUUUAAUGGUGCGUGAAGUGUUUUUUCUAAAUAUACUGUCUUCGGAACUGUGAUGACUGAAACACAAAGGGCUCCGUUGUGUCUUUAAACCAUGUUACUCCUCAUUUAUUUACUCAUCAACGCUGUCGCACAAAUGCCAUGUCUCACAUGACUUCACUGGAACAGUAGCCAGACACCAACGAGAAGAGUGAACGGAAGCGAUUCAUGCCACUGUUGUCGUGGCACAAGCAUGCCAAGACCUGUUGACCAGUCAAGCAGAUGUUGAUUCUUUGUGCGCCAGCAAUAAACUUGU